AUGGACGAAAUGAUGGAGAAGCUUGGAAAGACGUUGGGCCCUAAUAAAGAGCCACAGGAUGAAAAGGAGUUGGUUAGAUAUUACAUUAAGGCAUUGUAAGCCAUUGCAAUACGUAAAGCAAUUAUUCAACUUCCUGAGUAUGUUUAUUUGCAAGCUGGCAGGAUUUUUCACUGAGAAAAUGUCGAGAUGGUGUUUAAAUUGUUGCCAAGAUAAAUUUCAAUAUAAUUUUGAUUUUUGAAAUUCUAGGGCUCUAGAAGCUUGUACAGAACAGAACACAGCGCUUCAAAAAUGCUUUCAGCGAAGCUGGUACCCCAUAUGCAGAAAAGAGCAGGAGGAUUAUUGGAAUUGCUACCGCAAGGAAACAGUAAGCAAGCUUAAAAAUUUGAUUUUUAUUGUAAGCUUAAAUGUGUAUCAAUACUGCUUGAUUAUCCACUUUAUUUUCCCAAAGAUCAAGUAUUAUUUCUUAUCAGAGGGGUCCAUGCAGGGAAGUUUAAUACAAUCCUCUCCCUACCCGUCACACUGUAUUGCGUUACGAUUGUGAUUGAGGUGGGGGGAAGGGGUGGUGUAGGCUGCCUCCCGACACGUUCUUUGUGUGCCUGCUAGCUCUCACGCUUCAGGUUAGGCGUGAGCCUCACUCCUUUAGAUCAGAAACUUUGAUCUCAUGCCAACUCACAUGCACUAAUCAACCAAUUUCUCACACCUGCCUAACUGAGUCAUCGCAACCUUUAUUAAAGAAAUGUAGAGAGACUAGGAAAGGUGCCCCAAGGCGGGGGGGGGGGGGGGAGGUACGUCCUAAAACUGAAUUUCAAAGGAGAAGUUAUGUUGCUGCCCCUAUUAUAAUAUUAUUUUGUUUGUCCCAGUUUCAUUGAUUUUUAGUCAUUGUUCCAAGGCCAUGUCACUUGUCGGAAUUAACCACUAAUAAGGCCUGACUGGAUUUAGGCCUGACUAGAAUUUCCAUAUCAAUGAUUUUGCUUUCCCUGAAAUUUCCAAUUCUAGGCAUGUGUGUGGUUUAUUGGUAUAUAAUCAUUUGCAGAAUCUUGAUAAUUCAAAACCUUCAGAAUACCUGUGGGAAGCUUUGGAAUGUCUUUGUAGACAAGAGGAGACAAAAUUAUUAUUAUUCUUGGGCUGGGACAAUAUUGUGUAGGUAGGUACAUAGGGUGGGUUGGUGGACAGGGGAUAAGUGUGCAUGGCACAGAAGGGAAAAUCUCCAGAUUACAGAUUUGCAGUUAGUACAUGUAGUCAGAGUUCCAACAGUCAUUUCCACAAUGCGUGUAUUAAUUACUACUAAUCCUCCUUCUUUUUCAUCUUGUAGAUCCGUCUAAGAAAGCAUUAUGAUGUUUACUAGGUGAACUUUGGACAAUCAAGUUGUAUUUUGCGUUAGAAAAUAAGGGCAAUCUAAUUAGUAACCGUGGACACCAUCUUGACCACCAUCAUCUGCAGGAGAAAAAGCCUGAAAAGGACUGAUUAUUUUUCUUGGCUGGUUUAAAUAACGAUCGACGUUGUUUAAAUCCUGUCUGCGUGAUGGACUGCAGUGCUCCUUGUGGACUUCUUUCUUAAGUUUUGAAUCCAUGAAUAAAGCUUCAAGUAAACUUGCUUUGUUCAAUGUUGCAAAUAUCGGUGUGAUGAAAUGGCAGGGUUUUGAAAACUUUCCUUCUUUGCACCAGUGAACACUUAAUGACAACUAGGUUCACAUGCUGGAAGUUUGGAUUUGUUUUUGAACUUACUUGAUCUUUUCCACUAAUGCCCGGCUCAGACACCGAACUUUUUGUGAUCCGAACCUAAUUUGUAUUAAGGCCGACCAAAAUUAUUCAAUUGAUUCAGACUCUCAUCUUUAAAUUCCAGCCAAACUAACUUCAAAAGGAGAAAAAUGCGCAUUUUGGUCACAAACUAGUUGCAAAAUAUAUUAUUAUAAAUUACACAUUAAGUUAGGCACAUGAAAAGUU